GGGGGUCCGGCGCUGAGGGGAGCCCGAGGCUCGCUUACGGAACUGGACAGACGUCCUUAGGUUCGCUCAUGUCAAGAAAAGGGCCCGAGAAUAUUUCGGCAUGGGGUCUCGAGAAUUUUCCGGCAUAGCAGCCCGAGCUUAUUUCUCAAGGCUCCUGCUUAUCUAAAUAUGUUGCUAAAAUCAUCAAUUUUAAUAUUGUGUCAUUACAGUAUUACUACAUACAACUGCAAAAGUUAAAUUUGAUUUUGUUUAUGUUGUCAUGUCUUCUUAGAGCUUAGCGACAUUUCUAUUUCCUUGAGUCAUUUAACUUGAACAUAUUUAACAUGUAUUUUUGUAACUGAAUGUUGUUUUUCAGAAACCAUGUCUCGGUACCGCAAAUGUGCAGUUAGAGGCUGUCAGGACAGUGUUUCAGUAUGGCAUAGAUUCCUGAUCAACAAAUAUCCAAUACAACUGAUGAAAUUCUUGGAAAACCAUCAACUUCAGCAUCAUCACAACAGUUGGGAGAAGUUUGCUCAGUUACCACCUCACAACCAGAAAAUCUUGAUGUAACUACAGUAGAAGGAGUGAGGAGCAUUAUUCAGAAGCUAGUUCCUCAAGGACAGAAUCUGGAUUAUUGCAUAAGGUACAUGUAACCAGAGAAACCCACUUAAGUCCAAAAGCUAAAAACCUAUAUAAGAUAGCCAGUCACCUCUCUAGAGCUAACAGAAGACUAGGAUAUACAAGAAGGUUGAUUAGAAGUACCAGAAGUACACGAGAAGUAUUAAAUGAGGCAUUGCAGCAAUUGGACAGCACUGUAGCUACUUUUAUCAAAAGCCAAAUCACACUGGCUGGUAGUAAAUCACAGGGAUGCAGAUAUAGCUUAGAAGACAAGUUGAUGGGACUUAUACUUCAUAAACAAAGUGGUAGGGGAUAUCGAGCAUUAUCAAAAAUAUUUGCUUUGCCCUCAAAAAAAAAACAAUAAUGCAGCUAUCAAACCAGAUUCCCAUCAAUCCAGGUGUAAAUGAUGUGAUUUUUAAAGAAGGAAAUUCUUGCAUUCAAGAGAGCCAUUAAGAACCAUCUUCUGGGGUCUGCUAGCCAAGCUAGCUGAUAUAUGUAUUUCUUUUUUUUUUAUUUUUUUGUUAGAGGGGACCAUGUAGUAUAGAUGUAUAACAUCUUAAGAUUACUCUAUUUAAGCCUUAAUUAUUGUACAUAUUAGUUAGUCGAUUGCUAUUCAUUGUUAUAUAUUUUUUUGUAUGUGUUUCUGACUGUGAGGUUAAGUGGUAGUGUAGCCAGCUGGAUAAACUUCGCCUCGCAGUGUGAAUGGAUUUCUAAAGACAUUAUUAUUAUUAUAUUUAGCUUUGUGAGAAAAGGUGAUAUAAUUUGUAUUUGAAUGAUUGACCAUAAAAUGACUAUAAUUA